GUGGUGGAGGGGGAGGAGGAGGAGGACGAGGACGACGUUGGCAGCAAGGAGAAAGAGAGGCUUUCAAAGAAAGAGAAAAGCAAGAAGGAAGCAAGCCCUCCUUCGUCAGAAGGAAAGACAAUUAAAAAGGCCAAGCAAAAAGCAAGUGUUGCAAAAGAUGGCAAGAAGCAGCAAGCUGGUGGUGGUCAGGAACAGCACCCCUCAGCGAAGAAAGAGGGGCAGGAAGAGGAUUUUGAAUUUCGUGCUAGGCAAGUGAUACUCAUCAAACCAGAAGGCAAAUGGUACGAUCUAGAAUACACCAAUGAGUUCUCUUCGGAGCCACAAAAUCAGACGCUUCUGUCCAAGUAUAAGGCCUUGGCCCAAAAGCUGUACCAACAUGAGAUAGAUCUGUAUAAGAAUAAGACAGAUUAUCAGAAGGGGGCCUCGUCGGCGUGGAUGAAAACUGUCGUGUCGUCGGGUACCUUAGCUGAUAGGAUGGCAGCGAUGACCCUUCUCAUUCAGGACAGUGCUGUCCACAGUCUCCAGUUUGUUGAGAACUUGGUAAACCUCAUAAAAAAAAAGGGCAGCAGGCAGCAGAGCUUCAUGGCUUUGGAUACUUUCAAGGAGCUUCUCAUUUCAGAUCUCUUACCAGACAAUCGAAAAUUAUGGUCUUUCUCGCAGCGACCAUUUAACAACAUAGAGAAGAUGUCAAGUGGCAACAGGGAUUCAAGAGACAGACGGUUGAUACUGUGGUACUUUGAGCAUCACCUGAAACUGCAGGUGGCAGAGUUUGUGCAAGCAUUAGAAACACUGAGUCAUGAUUCUCUGACAGCAACAAAAUCUCGAGCGCUGGCAGUUGCCCAUGAGCUUCUCUGUAACAAGCCUGAGCAGGAGAAGGUUCUGCUUGUCCAGCUGGUAAAUAAACUUGGAGACCCUCAGAACAAAAUUGCCACCAAAGCCUCUUAUCUUUUAGAGAUGUUACUUCACAAGCAUCCAAAUAUGAAGGGAGUAGUGUGCAGUGAGGUGGAGAGACUUUUGUACCGGUCAAACGUUAAUGUGAAAACUCAAUAUUAUGCUAUUUGCUUUCUAAAUCAGAUAGUCCUCAGUCAUGAAGAAAGUGCAUUGGCUAGCAAGCUAAUAACUGUAUACUUCUGCUUUUUUGGGAACUGCAUUAAGAAAAAAGACGUUGAAUCCAAAAUGCUCAGUGCUCUUCUUUGCGGGGUAAACAGAGCUUACCCUUAUGCUGAGACUGGUGAUGAGAAGGUGAAGGAACAAAUGGACACAUUGUUUAAAGUUCUGCAUCUUGUGAACUUUGGUACCAGCGUCCAGGCACUGAUGUUGCUGUUUCAAGUGAUGGACUCUCAGCAGACUGUGUCGGAUAGGUACUACGCGGCACUGUACAAGAAGCUUCUAGAUCCUGCUUUAGCAACCUGCUCGAAGCCAUCCAUGUUUCUAAAUCUUGUCUACAAAUCUCUGAAGGCAGAUGUAGUGUUACGGCGAGUGAAGGCCUUUGUGAAGAGAUUACUUCAAGUUACUUGUGGACAAAUGCCACCCUUCAUUUGUGGAACUCUGUACCUUCUGUCUGAGCUUCUGAAAGUAAAACCAGAGUUGAGGGUCCAGUUACAGGAUCAUGCGGAGUCUGAUGAUGAAGAGUGCUUUAAGGAUCAAGAAGAGGCUGAAGAGGCUGAGGAAAGGUUUGUGGAUGCAGACAAAAAAGUAGGGGAAGAAAAGAGCACAAUGGAAGAUUCUGCUAAAACAAAAAAUUCAAGUUCAACAGCAUCAUGGGUGCAUCAUCUGAAUAUGGGAGGCAGAAAGAGUGGAGCUUCGUAUGAUCCUAUGCACCGAAGUCCUUUAUAUUGUGGUGCUGAAAGUACAAGCCUUUGGGAACUGAAGAAGCUUUCUGAACAUUUUCAUCCAUCUGUCGCCCUAUUUGCAAAAACAAUUCUUGAAGGAAAUCACAUUCAGUACUCAGGUGACCCUUUGCAAGAUUUCACUUUAAUGAGAUUCUUGGAUCGCUUUGUGUACAGAAAUCCCAAACUCCAUAAAGGCAAAGAAAACACCAGCAGUGUGGUAAUGCAGCCGAAGAAGAAGCAGUUUAUGAAAGAUAUGCGGAAUCUUGCAGUCAACAGUAAGGAAUUUUGUGCCAAAGAUGAGAGCAAAAUCCCAGUGGAUGAAGUGUUUUUUCACAGAUUUUAUUCAAAGUUCGAUAAGAGGAGAAAAGAAAAGAAGCGUCAGGAUGAUGAAGAAAGCGUGGAAGAUGUAGAUGAUGAUGAAUUUGAAAGAGCAUUGGAUACAUUUGAAGCUGCUGAUAAUGCCAUUGCUGUUGGUGAAGAUGACCUUGAUUUUGCUGGCAAUAUAAAAAAGACCAAAGGUGGUAAGAAAGGCCAAAGAAGUGAGGAAUCCAGUGCUGACUGGGACGAUUCUGAUGAUGAAGAUGAAUUCAGUGAUUUGGACGAUGAGGAAGUCUCCUUAGGAAGUAUGGAGGACGACUUUGCAGAGGAUAUGGAUGAAGAGGGAGGUGUAUUUAUGGAUGUGUCUGAUGACGAUAACAGCCUAGACCCAAACAAUGAUAAGCAACUGAAGUCUGUCAGUAAAAAGGUCAAGAGAAAGAAAGAUACGAAUUUUGUGGGAUUAUCUGAAG